GUUUAUUUAAUUUUAUAUUUAUAUUAAAGUAAUAUAGUUAAAUACUACACAAAUACAGGUAUACAUAUAAAUAAUGGCAGGAAUAUCAUCAGCUAGAUUAUCAGAGGAGCGUAAAAAUUGGAGAAAAGAUCAUCCAUAUGGUUUUUAUGCAAGACCAACAACUAAUACAGAUGGUUCACUAAAUCUUUUUGUUUGGAGUUGUGGUAUCCCAGGUAAAAAAGAUACUAUUUGGGAAAAUGGUGUAUACCCACUUACAAUGGAAUUUACAGAGGAUUAUCCAAGUAAACCACCAAAAUGUAGAUUCCCAAAAGACUUUUUCCAUCCAAAUGUUUACCCAUCUGGUACUGUUUGUUUGAGUAUUUUAAAUGAGGAGUCCGAUUGGAAGCCUUCAAUUACAAUUAAAACAGUUUUAUUAGGUAUUCAAGAUUUAUUAGAUAACCCAAAUCCAAAGAGUCCAGCUCAACAACUCCCAAUUCAUUUAUUUUUGCAAGAUAAAGAUGAAUAUGUUAAAAAGGUUCGUCAACAAGCAAAAAGUUACCCAUUGGCCGAAUAAAAAAAAUUUAAAAAUCAAAUAUAUAAUGUAAACUUAGUAAUGAUCCCAAUCGAAUUUAAGAUUUUAAUAACAAUAAAAAAAUACUAUUAUAAAUGUUAAUAAU